CCGUUUUGACACAUCAUUAAAACGGGAGCAUCAAGGAUCUGAUUUUAAUCAGAUUGCAAUGUACUUCGCUGUAUUUAAAACAGCAUUGAGACUUGAGCAAGUAUAUUGUCUAUUCGCCCGGCAGAAAUUUGUUCGUGUACACGCACGACCCUUUAAUAGGUUCCGUGCUUUUACACAGGUGUCCAGAUACUAAUGAAAUCGCCAUGUUGGAUUUUUAAUGAUUUAUCGUGUCGUAAUUGAAGCAAAGUGUGACUAUGGAUCCACGAUAUAGCGCCCAGGACGCUGUACGCUGCACUUUAUGCAAAGGUUCCAUUGCCCCCAUGCACUGUGACAUUUGUCACGUCAAUCUUUGUAAGGACUGCGUUGAAACACAUAUUUCAGAUGUAACAAAGGAUCACAAAGUGGUGCCACUCAAACACAGAGGAUUCACCCCUGCAUAUCCGAAAUGUCCACAACACUCCCUGAAACAGUGUGAACUUCACUGUGAACAAUGUCGGAAUCCUAUUUGUGCUUUCUGCAUUUCUUCUGAAAAACAUAAAGGGCACAAACUCGUUGACAUAUUAGAAAUUUUUAAAAGCAAAAAGGAAAGUUUGAAAAGAGAUUUAAAAGAAUUAGAGAAAUCCAUUUUUCCAAAGUAUCGAGAACUUGCAUCUAACAUUCCAGUUCAGAAAGCUAGUCUGAGUAAACACUCUCAGGAAUUGGCAAAAGCACUCGACAAAAAAGGUGACGACUUGCACAGAGAAAUCGACAUUAUCAUUCAGAAACUUAAAUCAGAUAUAAAUGAAAUGGAAUCCAAACACACCAUCGUCCUAGAUGAUGAGGAAGAUAAAAUCUCUCAAACCAUUUCUGAAAUCGAACAAGCAAUUAUUAAUGUACAUAAAUUACUCGACUCCAAUGAUGUCAACUUUGUCUUUUCAUACAAGUCCAAUAAUGCUGUAUUCAGGAAAUUGCCUCCUAGAUUGAAAGUAAAUUUACCAAGUUUUUCUCCUCAGGAAAUCAACAGGGAGCAAAUUGCUCAACAGAUUGGUUCCCUUUCAGCGUUAUCCUUCACAAAAGAAGAGCGAGUCUACACAGAAAAGACAACAGAAGGUACGUCUUCUUCAUCAUUCAAACCACUGAUGGAUAAACCAUCCAUCAUCACAACUAUAAAAAGUAAACAUUCCUCGCUAUAUAAUGUGGCCUGUCUGGGAGAUGACAAUAUCUGGACCAGUGGAGAUGACAACAUUAUGAAUCUCUUCAACAUCCAGGGAGAGUUACAGAAAUCAAUUAAAAACAAUUCUAAUAACAGACCAAUUGAUAUUGCGCUAACAAAAAGUGAGGAUUUAGUUUAUACCGAUUACACAGGUAGACUUGUAAACAAAGUGAAGAAUACACAGAUAGAGAAAUUAAUGCGGUUGCCAGGUAGGAGACCUCGGGGACUCUGUGUUACUUCUGCUGAUGACCUCCUAGUUGUCGUAGUCAGUGAUAAUGGCGAAGCAACAAAAGUUGUGCGGUAUUCUGGCUCGACAGAACAACAAAUCAUUCAGUUCAACGACAAGGGCGAUCCACUUUAUUCAUAUGACAAUAGUAAAUAUGUCAUUGAAAACAGGAACCUAGAUAUAUGUGUGGCUGACUUUGACGCUGGUGCAGUAGUGGUGGUGAAUCAUGCCGGGAAAUUUCGCUUUUCAUACACAGGUCCUCCAUAUUCAACCAAGGACAUAUUUAAACCGCGCGGCAUUACUACAGACAGCCAGGGCCGAAUCCUUGUAGCAGACUGUAACAACGAUCGUAUCCACAUCCUUGAUCAAGACGGUGUGUUUCUCCGCUUCAUUGAAAGCAAUUCCUUACAUACUCCAUGGGGCUUAUGCGUGGACACAAAAGACAACCUCUUCGUAGCUGAAAGUGGCACAGGAACAAUUAAAAUGAUAAAAUAUUCGAAUUAAAGGAACUUUUCUAGCUUUGUUAAUUAAAGCAAAAUAAAAAGUUCCGCCGGUGUAGUUUUUAAACUCUAAUAUUUCUUUCUUUGAUGUAUUUUCAGCAUGUUCAAUGACAGUUCUACAUCGCGUCAAUUCGGAUUGAUCAAAUGUAGUUGAACGUUUAAAACUCCGGUACUAGUAUUUGCUAACUGAUGUUUAUUUCAUAAUUUUCCUUCUACAAGACAGUUAAGUUAUUUCUUUAUUAAUCAAACUUUACAAAAGUUAUGUUUAUAAAUAUUUGAUGAUGUCCUAUGGGACAACACAAUACAUGCUAAUGAUUUCGCAUUAUUUAAGUACAUUGUAUAUAUUCAUUUCCAGAAAGAAAUCUUUACGUCUAUGAAAUAAAGAACCUUAA